GGAAGGUCAUGUCCGUUCACGGAUGCUAAAGACAGGAGAAGCUAAUGGAGGAUUCUACAACUAAAUCUUUAAUCGACCUCUGGGGCUGUUUGAGUUCGUGAUAAGUGGAAGAUAUUCAUUAUUACUGAGUGAAUUGCACCCUGUGUCCCUGCUCCUGGGCACCUAAAGAGGCCCCCGUGUUGGUGGGCUUCCCGGGAGCUGGCCUCUGACAGGAGGGCAGGCUCCAUCUUUGCAGUUGCCUCAGCUAAAUAUAUGAACGAUGUUCUCGCUGUGUGCGGCUGUCCUGUGUUCUUAACAGCAAACUCCCAACACACCUGCUGCCGGAUUACCUAUUAAACCACCUUCGGCGACUGGUGUGGGCAUAAAUCUACUGAACCUUCAGACGCUUGCCAACACCAUGUCUCAUCCGAUGUAUAAUCCCUUUGCCACGGGUAAACAGACUUCCCCCCAGGGGCCAUAUGGACUCUCCAGUGGACAGAUGGAGAGGGACCCUCGGAGGCCAUUGCCUCACCUUGGCUCAGGAUCCAGCUUCAGCUCUUCUGGAACUUCUUCUGUCAAUCGUGGGCCCACUGGUGGACCUUUACCGUCCCUUCUGUCUUUACAAGUAAACUACAGACCUGAGAGGAAAAAGAUAUCAGUAGAUGAGGACAUAGACAGAUGUUUGGACUUGAAUAUCAGCAGAGCCAGGGAGGAGGCGAUGCAAAAUUUUGCAGGCCAAAACUCCCAAUUUUCCAAGGCUCAAAGAGACACGUUUUCUUCCUCAAACACAGGGAUGCCCUCAUUUUUGAAGUCUUCUGGCGACAGUGGCAGCACCCCUUUGGACUGGGCUCCGGUGGAAGAGUCAUCAAAAAUGUAUUCAUCUGCUUCAUCCAGCUUUCUAAGCAGUGGUGACGUUGGGAUCCAAGCACCCAUAGGUUUUCGUGAUUAUGACUCUUCUAUGUCAGACCAGUCUGGGCCUCCUCGCAAGUACACUUCAGAGUCGGCUACAAACAUCCUCCUGCACUUUGGGCUUCAGAAGGAAGACUUGGACCACCUAACCCUAUACCCUGAAGACCAGAUCACCCCUGAGAACCUACCUUACAUUUUAAGGCAAAUCCGUCUGGAGAAGGGAAAGAUAACUCCAACCGCACUUCAUCAGUCAGAGCCCUACAGUGAAUCUCAGGCCAUCAGAAGUGUGGGUGAAAUGAACAAGUUGAGUACCUCCAGGGGGCCAAUGUUGAAUCCAGAUGAACUGUCCACGUUCCUACAACCAAGUAACGUGAUUGAUUAUAGACAUACUUCAAAAUCAGAGUUGUCCUCUUUCGGACAACUGAACAAGGACACUGAUAUGAGACAACUCAUGUGUGAAGUCCCCACAACUCUUCAGUUAAAGAAACCAGGACCAGCUCAAAAAACCCAGCCGUCCAAGCCACCCUGUAAGUUGAUUCAUGGAAUUCACCCUAGGCGUCCUGGGCUUGUGCUUAUUCACAGUAAUGCUGAGAGUCACGGCAAUGAUCAGACGAGAUCUGGAGGGCAACCCUCAAAAGUUACCAAAAAAAGGAAGAAGAAGAAGACUAAUGCCCGGCCUCAACAGUGGCAGCAGGUCCAGAUGUUGCAGCAACCUACACAGCCUGAAGGUUUUCCCUCUACGAAGCCGGCACCUUUACUGCUCAUCCCCGGUCGUGCUGCUCCACCUACACGAGGGCCAAGCCAGAUGGGUGCCAUGAGUCAUGUGGGGCCGUCCAAUCUUCUGCCAACAUCUGCCAUGAUGCAAGACUACGCUGCAGCAACACCAAGAAUAUUUCCUCAUACCUGUUGUCUUUGUAUGAAAGAAUGUACCAGUAUGAAGGACUGGCUCUCCCACCAGAAUACUGGCCUUCAUCUCGAGAGCUGCAGACGUCUAAGGGGACGAUACCCUGAGUGGGAUGGGAGGACGCUAGAGUUCCUGAGUGCUCUGGGUAAAGAUGCUCGUUCUGAACCCUCAACUCCUGGCCAGAAUUUGCAGAACCGCCACCAGAAGUCCAUACAUGAAGCUCUACCCUAUUCACUGAGCCCUCACCACCAGCGUGGAUCAGAGGAUAGAAAGGAAAAACAGGACAGAAGAGAAAAACGGUUUAGUCCUUCUAGAUCUCAUAGCCCAUACCUCCAUCAUGGCUGUGAAAGUAGAAGGGAAAGACGAAGCAGCAGAUCACGGUCGCCGCAGGCAUCUAGAUACACUCACAGGUCUCGCUCUCGUUCCUACGAUCGCCCCACCUCGUCUCGUUAUCGCUCGCGUUCAAGGAGUUACGAGAGACGAUCCCCUCCUAGGAAGAGAGAAGCCAAACGGCCCUCACCAAGGAGAAGUCACGAGCAUCGAUCAUCUCCAAGAAGAAGUGACGACAAACGCUCGUCACCACGGAGAAGCCAUGAAAGGUGGUCUCCUGCGGAGAGAUCAGUACCUCAGCGUAAGAGAUCCAGAAGUGCAGACAGACUGGCUAAGAGACUACUGGAAACAACAGGUGUUCAGUCUUUGUCCAAACAGUCUGACCUGGAGGCCAUGGUUAAAACUUUGGCUCCUGUCUUACUGGCUGAGCUGGCUAAUUUAAAAUCCUCCUCUGCUGCCACGUCAUCGUCUUCUUCAAAGACAGAAAAGAAGGCGUCUUCUACUAAAUCAACUAAAGCCACUUCUAGCCAUUCAAAAAGGAGGACAAGCUCCUCAGCAAAGUCGAUGGUUGCGAGGUCCAUGUCAUCCAGCACAGUGUCUCUCUCUGGUGUUUUCACUUCUCUUUCCCACACUGACAUUGUUGAAGCCAUGGAGAAACUUGGAAAAGUCAAAUCCGUAAUUUUAUACAGAUCCACACUACAGGCACAGGUGCAUUUUGAGAAAGAAGAAGACGCAAAGAAACUGCAGAGUCUACAGAGUUACCAAGUGAAGGGGUUGCCAGUCUAUAUUGACAGGCCAACGGUUGCUGCUUCUGAGAAGCCUCCGUUGACAAAAGAGCAGAAGACGGCUCCACAAAAAAAACCAGCAUCAUCCAGUGCCACCAAGUCCCAAACUACUAAAUCCUACUUCACUGGGAGGGUUAAAAAGCCUUUAUCAUCUGAGGCUAAAAACACCACAACGGCCAAACUUGUCACGAGAGCAAAAGUCUUAGUUUCCAAAGCAAAAGGUGUCUCUACAAAGCAAGUAGCUAAAACUGUCAAAAAACCCACUGCAAAUAGGAAAGCUGCUGUGAAAUCAGUUGGAGGGAAAAAGGAGGCUUCAGUGGUACCAAAAUCCAAGACUCCAGGAAAGAGGCCUCAUGAGUGUCCUUCCGACUCUUCAAAUAAUAAAGGACAUCCUACACCCGAAACCAGUUCUUCAGUUUCUCAGACGCCUACGACCUCUGCCAGAUCCGUCUAUAAGGAUAUUGGCAAAGCGGGAUCAACUUUUACAGAUGUGAAGGCUAGAAAACAGAACGCUGAGAAGGUCGCGAAUGCGCCUCAUAAGACUGCUGCCGAACUCCCCCAAAUGGACGUGGACAUUUUUAAGGUGUUGACGACAGAAAUCAACAAGCACAGACGCUCUAAAGGAAUCACGUCUGAAAGCAAGGAUAAGGAGAGCACCACCAAAAGCAGGACAACCCCUGAAGAUACAAAAAAGGAAAACAAACAUAUUAGAAAAGAUAAAAAUAAAGAUUUUUCUUCAGGACGAUUUGAUGAGCUUGACUUUACCUCUGGAGACUUUGUGACAGUUGAUGAGAUUAAUGAAGAGAUGGACGACACAACUGUAGAAGAUCACCCCUCCUCAUCUAAGACAACGUCCAGGGAGAAAAAAGAUAGGCGAAGUUCUGCUGUUCAUUCUGCUGCCAGAAAGAUCUCAGCAAGGUCUGCCUCCUCCUCAUCCAAGCCUGCAAAAGGCAACUUAUAUUCUCGUUCUACCUCUGUGUCGGCAAACAAGCGAAAAAGCGUCUCUGAGCCCAAGAAAUCAUCCAGUGGCCAAAAAACAUCUACUUCCACCUCUUCUAAGUCUGUAGAAAUGCCAACUUCCUCUGGUCAGAAAGCUCAGUCAAAUAAGAGAAAGCCUUCUGUCACAUCAUCAGAAGCCUCAUCCUCAGGUCAAAGUACCCGUUCAUCAGCCAUCAAGUUAUCUGGAGAAACUCAGCAGGCGCAUAAAAAGGGUGUAAAACCUAGAGAGAGGACAGUGGCAAAGUCUGACCACAAGGCAUCAGCAGAGAGUUGUGCUGCAAAUACCAUUGAGUCCAAUAGUGAAACGUCAUCCCAGAUGGCUCUCUCUGCAGAGGGACAGAUGGAAACAGAUUUUAAAGAUGAAACUGUCAAGGAGAUCGAGAAAAGCAGAGGAAAGGAAAAGAAAAAGGACACCGAUGGCAAAACCACAGAGAAGGAGAGGGGUAACAAAGAGAAUAAAAAAAUCCUUGAUUCCCUCAAUAUAAAAACUGAUGAACAGGAGCAUAAGGAACAUAAGGAGAAAAACCAAGACAGAAGAACUGAAACCCAAAUACCUGAACCUGCUCAGGACCAGAUCAUUCAUCAAAGAGGGCUUCAGGUUGUAGCAAGUCCUGAAAAUGACGAGGCCUGUUCAGAUGAAUGCCAUGAAAUGGAAAUGGAUGAGUCUACAAAGCUGCAGGACAGUGCACCUGAAGACCAGGCUGCUACAGCUGAUGAUGGAGAUGAAGGUCCCACAAAGAUGCAGGUUUCUGAAAAGGAUGAGACUAAAGGGACCCACAGUUCUGAAGGAUCGUCAGUCAGAGGUACACCUGAUAAAAAUCAAGUUACAAGUCAAGAUACCGACCAGAUUCAAAGUAGCAGUGGUGUUGCAGCAGAUGUAAAACAAAAGGAAGAGAUCCUCUUAUCAGAGAAAAUCUGUGAAACCUCCAAAGAGGUUGGUCAGAUUUCUAGUGAAGUAGACCAGCUUCUUGAAAACAAUGACGGCGAAGACACUUUAAAAGUCCAGAAACAUGUAGGUCCUACUGACCUGCUGCCUAAAGCAGACGAUGAACCCACAGAGGAAGAGGUUUACCAAGUCAUAGAUUCACUGGAAGAUCAGCCAACAACAACUGAGGCAGAACCCGAAACUGAGAAGAAAGACCGAAAGAAAGGAGAUGCAACAACCUCUGGAGAUGAUAGACCAACCACACAUUGUCGCCUAAGGAGCAGAACAUCUAAAGGUCAAGAGAAAGAAAAAUCAUCAAAGAAGCAAGAGAGGACCAUCGAAAAACACGAGGAAACAAAGGAGAUGAAGAAAGAAGAUGAGGAAAAGAGCCACGAGGAUUUCGAGGAGAUGAUCUAUGAAGUGGUGGACUCCAUUGAGGAUGAUUCUGUUCAAGAGACCUCAACCACAAGAACUUCUGGUAGGAAACGGAGCGCCAGAGGGAACAAAAAAGAUGAGAAGACAUCAGCUCCUGUAAAAGAACCUAAAAAAUCUGACAAAGAAGAAGAAAUGUUCACAGUUUUAGACUCUGUGGAAGAGGAGAGUCCCAGUGACAAACCAGUGGUGACCAGAUCUACUAGAGGAAGAAAAGACAAGAAGGUUGAAGAAACUAGCAAAACAAGGGAAGACAAGACCCCCACAAGAAGAAGGUGCACACCAGCCAGAGAUUCCCAGGAAAAGGACAGAGAUAAAACUCUAAAACCAGAUGUUAGUGUUCCUCUUAAGGAAAGUACACCAACAAAGAAGAGUGAUGCUGUUGUAGCGAACACUGAUGAGGAGGAUGCUACUUAUAAGGAGUUGGAUGCUGUCAGAAAUGACCGACCAAUAACACAGAAAUCAAGAAGGGAACGACAAAAGAAAGACAAUAAAACAAGUAAAAAAGAAACCGAGGAACAGAAGCCUGCUUGUCAGAUUGUAGGAUCUCUAGGAGUAGUUGAGUUUCGAGAAAAAACGACGACUGUAUCAUGCAGUCUGCAGAAGGACAGUGAAACAAAAGAUGAAAUGGCUGCAAAUGUUACCACUGUUCCGUCCGUUUCCUCGCCGUUAGAUCUACAAGAAGCUAUUAGAAAGGAGGAGAAUCUGCUGGAGUUAGAAGAAAAUACAAUGGAGGCUAAAGAGGAUCCAUCAGCUGAAGGAUCUGAUGCACAAAAGAAGAGUACAUCGGAAACAGAUUUAAAGAAAGAUGACAAGUCUUCCUUAAAUCAGCCAAAUGGUAAAGGUCAUGGACUAGAGAACAGGAAAGAGUCACCGAAAACAAAUAACACAACAGCAGCAAUAGGUGUUUCAUUGAAUAUAGAUCAAGUUGGCGCAAAGGAGGAAAAUUAUCCUCAUGAUGCCCCUGAGGAAGCAGAGCUGAAGAAAAUUCAAGCUGCUGCUAGAAAAACAGAAAAUGAACAGGGGGAUAGGUCCAUGGAAAUAGAAACUGUGGCGCGAAGGAGCCAAAGCAGUGUUGAAGGAGGGGAGAGUGGAAAAACAACAAGGGAUGACGAGCAGAAUCGUGAGGAAGAUAUAGAGGAGGUGGAAAUAGAUGGUUUUGGGUCGGUGAUUCUACAUGAGGCAGGAGAGAAUGCUGUGCCGUUGGACAGGACGAUCUCUGAGGGAGAACCUCAGGAACUUGUUGCACUGAAUGAGAUUACUGAGAACGAAGAGGAUCCAAAAGAAAAGCCAAUAAUGCCUGGAGCCCAACCUCAGAUUCAGGAGGGGCAAUUAGUGGACCCUCUAAAGACAGAGAAUUUCUCAGCUUUAGAUGAAGCUGGUCAGACUGAGGACAAGAAAGCAGAUGAAGAUGAUACUAUACAAACUUCAAGCUCUUCUAAACGCAAACACAGUGAUGAUCCAGACGUUAAUAAACGGAGGCUGGAGCUUUCUGGGCCUGAAGCAAAACGAUCAUGUUCCCAGUCUCCAAGUGUUCCUGUGGACCUCCAGCUGCCGCCAUUUAAUCCUGAAAACCCUCUUGGUGAGGAAUUCGUGGUUCCCAAGUCUGGAUUUUUCUGUAAUUUGUGCUCUGUUUUUUAUUUGAAUGAGAGCACUGCGAAGAAAAUCCACUGCAGCAGCCAGAAACACUACGAAAACCUGCUGAAACAUUACCAGAAACUUCAACAGAAAACUUCAGGAACAACUCCAUGUGUCCAAGACUGAUCGACUUCAGCUGCAGUUAAUUUUUCUAUAAGAUGUGAAACCACUGAGACUUUGACAUACCCUUGUAUAAUAAGCCAUGGUGUUAACAGUCAGCCAGGAAAAUAAGUUGCUGUUUUUUAUCAGUAAUCCAGUUGUCUAAAUAUAAUGUCCUUCGUCCUCGUUACCUUAUGCCCUUUUUCUUUCCUUCUUGUCUUUAUCGCGACCUUCCUUCAUUCCUUACGUCGUUUUGUCUUAGGUUCUACUAUUCGUUUUCUUAUCCUUCCUUUCCCUCCGUGUGUCAUUCCUACCCUUCUUCCUUCCUUGUAUCUUACCUCCCUUCUGUUUUUCUUAAAUCCCUUCCUUGUCUUUUCCUCUUUCCUUCUUUCUCUUCCUUGCGUCGUACCCACCUUCCUUCUCUCCUGCCUUUUUUGUGUCCUAACUCAAGUACCCUUCCUUCUGUCGCUCAUUUCAUGUAUCCUUCCUUUCUUCUUUUCAUGUUUGUUUUUUCACAGGUUCCAUGUUUACUAAUGAAAUAUUGGCCAUUAAUUCAUUGAGAAGUUUAGUGUUUUGUAUUUUUUCCUAAAAAUAACAGACCGAGUAAAAAAAAGUCUGUUUUUUAUGUGAAAGAUGUGUAGGAACCCUGAACAGUGGUACCUAACACCAACAAAUUUUAAACCACUGAAUGACAGAUGUAAUGAUGGGGUUAUUUUAUCAAAGUCAUUGUCAACGUUUCCACUCUUAAUUUUUCCUUUCUUUUCCCUUAUAUAUCACUGUUUCAUGUAAAAAUCUGUCCCUCUGUUAUUUAAACUUAUAGAAUUAUAAAAACAUAAUUGAUAAAUGUCAACUGUACUAAACCUGACAUAACAAUUGUUGUCCAUGCUGUAAGUUUUCUAUCAUCAAACAAAGGUCCGGUGUUUGCAUUUAUUUGGUUUAAUAAAAAAGGAAAGUGUGUUGUACGUGAA